ACUCAGCAUCUCGCGAGAUUUGGUCCCUAGCUAGCUGUAUCCUCUCUUGCCAGAUCCACAAUUCACGAGUGUCAGGCUGCACAAUCGAUUUCAGAAUAUCUGAUCUAACUUAAUCGCAGGAAUGGCGGACAAGGAUCCGUUCAAGCAACUUAAAGAUCUGUCCCUGCUUAAAGAUCAGCUUGAAAACAUUCAGCGCAGAGUGGAGGGUGAAGUUCAGGUUGGGCUUCCACAUGGUGGAAGUUUUCUCAGUUCUCCCUUCCUCAAAGGCUUUUUGGCCGGGUAUGUGGUGGCAAAGCUGCGGUCCUCAGCGGUUUUGGGAGUUCUUGUAGGGACGUGCACGGGCGUCUACGCCGCUCAGAACUAUCAAGUGCCAAACAUUGAGCAGACCGUGAAAACCUACUUCAGCUCUUUUAAGAAGGGCCGAUAGACAUACCAAAUAUAUCAAUCUUGGAGAAAUGAUGCCUGUUACAAGAACUUUUUUACCUCUUAAACUAUUGGAGAUGUUAUUUGCAAAUGUUGUUUGAUUGCCUUCCAGUGGUUUCAUAUUGAUGCCACUCAUCAGACCACACCGAAUUAACUGGACGUAUUAAACUGAUGCCUAGCUACAGUAUACAGAAGAAUUGACAGCUUCUUUCAAGAAUAUACAGCCAAAGCUUAGAAGAUGAUACAUGAGGCCAUUACUUUGAUCACGUUGAUGUCAUAAGUUAGAUAUCAUAUCAAGUUUCUGUUGUUUAUGCAUUUAUGUUCUGUUGCAUGCAUUUCCCCCCCAAGAACCCUUUAAGGUCAUCUCAUGGAAACAAUUAAGUUCAACACACUUUGUAAGUAAUAUCUGACUUUGUGAAGUUUUGUUACAUGUCAAAUGUAAGAGGUUGCUGAAAUUGAAGCCUCUAAUAAAGUUGUAGAAACAUUUGACUAAAUUUUGCACUUUAGCUUUACCACUUCUGCUUUCAGUAAACAUUUAUGAAAGCUUCUUAGGAAGUGAAAUUUUUAAUUAGAGGAUGUUCAAUGAGUUUUUAUUUGGUGAUAUGGUUUGGAAUAAAAUCUCAAUUAUAUCUGUUUUAUAAAUAAAGAUGAAAACAGACUUUUCCAUUAUAUACCAUAGUUAAGAAUGGAUUUUUUGUUUUAUUGCCAUGCAUUAUUGUAAAAUAUUUGAACAUAGUUUUAGGACAUAUUGCUACUUGCAUGCUGAACUUGAUGAAGUCAUUUUACUAAAUAAAAAUGUAAAUUCCGAUUCAAAA